AUGGCCCUGUCGAUUCUUGGGUUGACACUUCAAAGCUUGCACAAACCCAAAACCUUUUUCAUCGUAGACUACAAGAGGGACAAUGGACGAAAAUGCCUGAGCCGGCUAUUCGAGUGGAUUAUCUCAUACGUUCACAUCAGUGAGACGAAAUGCUGGAUCACGGAGUAUCCGAGCCCACGACUGUCAUCAAUCAUGGAACUGUCACACUUCUUUCGGGUACCGAAACAGUCACCAACUCAAGGCCAUCUUGCAGAUUUUACCGCCAAAUGGACCACAUGGGGAUCGCAUACUACCUGUCCAGUCCAUCUCAGUUUCGAAGCAUCGUCAAUACUGAAAGGUCUUGCAUGCUUGUCCCAAAUUGCUGAGCACUCGAGUCUCAGGCAACACCACUCGUAUGCCCUCAGCCCCAGGAUGAGAAUCCUUGGCGGAUCCUCGAAAGGCAUAAACUCCCGAAAGGGCCCAUAUGGAUUGACCAAUACUCUGGGCUGUUCCUCUCCUCCAGAAAUCGCUUGUGUUUCGAAUAAUCAUGAAGAGAUCUUCUCCUGGCUUCAGACAUUGCCUAGCUGUCUGGCGGUGGAGUUCAAAUUAGAUCCUUCUUUUCCAAACACCUCAGAUUUGAGCGCGGCGCACUUCCUAAUUGAUCCACGAAGCAACUCAGACAUCUCUUCAUAUUCAUCAGAGAUGACGAUUGAUUCUUACAUGCUAUCAAUCUCAGAUACACCAAGCAGUGAGGCUCAAAACCUUUCCUGCCACAUGCACUCUGGCAGAUACCAAUCGCUCACUGGGUGCCUUGCUACUCUGCUCUACAAGGUGUUCAUGGAUCAACUAUCUCGGAAUAUCUCAGUGUCUUCCCGCCCCAAUGCUACCGGAAAGCAGCCUCGGAACGGCUGUGAUUCUGGACACCCACAAGACGGAGGAGAUUCCACCCAAGUAGCAAAUGGGGAAGCACCCAAUGGGUCUUCAGUGUCUCGAGAAAGCGCGAUAUCUAGUUCCGAGGCUCCUGCUUCACAGCCGCUUAAAAGAACCCGUGAAAGCGACAGCAACGAAGACGACACCCCUGACGGCAGACGACCCCGGCGAACUAAGGUCCAACUAGGGGAGCUACUCAACUCGCCGAAGUUGCUCGCCUGUCCAUUUUGGAAGCUUGAUUGUCAGAAGCACCGAAAAUGCUUCAAGAGUGAACUACAUACGGUUAGCCGAGUUAAACAGCAUCUUUCUCGAAGACACAGGCCGACGUUCUACUGCGAUCGUUGCAUGGUAAUAUUUCCCGACAAGGCCAGCCACAACCGCCAUCUGACGCAGCUAUGUAUCCUGGAUCCGAAUGCCUCCCUGGACGGAAUUAGCCAUCUCCAACAGUGGGAGCUGUCGAGGCGAUCAAACCGAAGUCUCAGUGAACAGGAACAAUGGUUCGCAAUUUGCGACAUUCUAUUCCCCAAUCAGACCAGGCCCAUGUCAGCCUAUAUGGACCAUCGCUUGUCCGAAGCAAUCUGCCAGUUUCGUGAGUUUACGCAGCGUCAAGGCCGCGUCAUAGCGACAAGGGAGCUUCACAAAAGUGGUGUUCUACGCGAUAUCUCAACUUCUGACAGCAAGAACCAUCAAAGAUCAAACGACACAGCAAGCGCAGCUACUGAAGCAGUCAUCCAGGGUGCCUUGGGUCGUGCUCUCGACCUGAUAUUCGAAGACUGGCUGGCGGACGCACCGGUUGAGGCGUUGCAGAGGUCGGAACUGUCAUCAACAGAGCCUAACGGAUUAGAGGUCCCAAACCUCGUAGCUUCCUCCAGCUCCGUGGCUGACAGUGGUGUGACACUGGUGAACAACCACACACAACUGACCCAACCCGAACAACCGGCAUGUAGCCCCCAUGUUGCGCCCUUGCAAGAUGGCGCCCCGGUAUUCCUUGAUGCCAAAGGUCUUUCGUCGGAAGGCGCUCUUGUUGUUGCAAGCAAUGCUAGUCUAAGCCAAGGGUUUCCAGAGCCGACAAUGAUCAAUCACACUCAACCCCUAGACAACACAAGGGCAUGGGAGAAAGACACAAACGUUACGCUUGACAUUGAUCGCCAUUUACUUGACAUCGGCGUACCCAUAGUGGGCGAACUAGCUUUGGAUACGCAUGUUAACAGAAGCCCGGACUGGAAGGGUUCGACUGGGUCAUGGGAACAUACAGACAUGCUGAACACCGUACCAUGCGAUGAGGCAGGGAUGGGACUAUUUUUUGAUAUACAAGCCUUCAGUAACCAACAGUUGUUUUGA